UUUCUUUGUAUCUCUUUUCAAAAAACAAUGGUUAGGAUAAGAAGAAUCCCAAAGCGCCAUACUCACCACCAAUACCACGUUGAUUUCUUCGGAGAAGGUUUGAUCGUCACGGUUACUCACACAGCCUCAGUGAUCCGCCAAUGGAUCCACACCGUCCGCCACAACAACCGUCUACGUUCGCCACACCCUCUCGUAGUUGGACUCGGCGUCCAAUGGACACCUCAUGGUACGGAUCCUCCUCCAGAAGUUCUCCAACUAUGCGCUGGUAACCGCUGCCUCAUCAUCCAGUUGUCUCACUGUAAGCGCAUGCCCAACGUCCUUCGAAGUUUCUUGGAAGAUCGGACAAUCACUUUUGUCGGCGUCUGGAACAGCCAAGACAAGGACAAGCUCGAGAGGUUCCGCCAUCAGUUGGAGAUAUGGAGACUUCUAGAUAUGAGAAACUAUCUGCCUUCGUGGCUCCGGAAUAGUUCGUUUGAGGAGAUGGUGAAGGUGUAUUUGGGGCAUGAAGGGGUGAGGAAAGAUAAGGAGAUAUGCAUGAGCGACUGGGGCGUUCGCAACCUUUCUCACGAUCAGAUCGUUCUGGCGUCACACGAUGUCUAUGUUUGCUGCAAGCUCGGUGUUAGGGAACGUCUCUGGAAAGUGGGAUGUUGAAUCUUUGUUUUCUUGGGUUGUGUUGCGAGGAAAGAGCUGUUAUUUGAAAAUAGUUAGAUGUCUUUUAAUUCCAAAUUAAACUCAAUAAUAAACGAUUAAAGGUUACGUUUUAUGUAAUAUUUUUCAAAGCU